AUGAAGGAUAGUGAAGUGAUUGCAAAAUUAAAAACCAUCUGUAUCGAGGCUGAUCCUACUUUGGUAUACAAAAAUAUGAAAAAGAUUGGUCAAGGUGCCUCUGGUGGUGUCUAUAUUGCUUAUACCGAAGGAAGUGAUUAUCCUGUGGCUAUCAAACAGAUGAAUCUUGAACAACAACCCAAGAAAGAAUUGAUUAUCAACGAAAUCCUUGUCAUGAAGGAAUCAAAGCACAAAAAUAUCGUCAACUUUAUCGACUCGUAUCUGUGGCGUGGUGAUUUAUGGGUUAUUAUGGAAUACAUGGAAGGUGGUUCACUUACAGACGUGGUAACAAACAACAUGAUGAUGGAAGGACAGAUAGCUGCUGUUUGUUAUGAAGUAUUGGAAGGUCUUCAACAUUUACAUUCAAAGGGGGUUAUUCAUCGUGAUAUUAAGAGUGACAAUAUUCUUUUGAGUCUCUAUGGUGAUAUUAAAUUAACUGAUUUCGGCUUCUGUGCUCAAUUGAAUGAAAUGCAAUCAAAACGUACAACAAUGGUAGGCACACCUUACUGGAUGGCACCAGAGGUAGUAACUAGGAAAGAAUACGGACCUAAAGUAGACAUUUGGUCACUUGGUAUCAUGGCUAUUGAAAUGGUAGAAGGCGAACCUCCUUAUCUGAACGAAAAUCCUCUUCGUGCUCUUUAUUUGAUUGCCAACAAUGGAACACCUAAACUACAAAACCCUGAAGCACUUUCACCUAUUUUUAGAGACUUUUUAGCUAAAUGCUUAGAAGUCGAAGUUGAUCGAAGACCAUCUGCAUCAGAAAUGUUAAAGCAUCCCUUCUUACAAUUAGCCGAUCCUUUGCCUUCACUUGCACCUCUUAUCAAAGCAGCUCGUGAUGCAGCAAGACGAGACGACUAA